UUGCCCCAACCACCCCCCUCUAUAAAUAAUCCCCCACUCUCAUCAAUUUUUCUUCGAUUCCUCUCUUUCUUUCUCUCUCUCUUUAGGGUUUUUCGAAGGUUUUUAAAUUUUCCCCUCCAAAAACCCUAACGGACAACCAAACCCUAGAUUUUUCUCGCCUAUAUCUUGAUCUCUGCGCCAUGAACCCUGGAUUUUUUUUCUCCCUCUUCUAGAACUCAAUUGAACUCCAAGGCUGCCGUCCUCUUUGAUUUCCAGUUGCCGAGAUCCAUGGGGGGACCGAUUUGUCGGCGCAGAAACUCACGGUGAGUCUCCGAGCAGUUCCGAGCUCUCCCGGUCUUCCUGUCCCGCCUUCGUUUCAAAUGCUGUUGAAACCUAGGGUUUUCCAGACGUAUCUCUUCCGAAACCAUUGUUCCAGAUCGGGCGUGGUGUUGAGUCCCGUGUCGAAGCUGGUGAAGCUUUGGAUUCAGGACCGAUGACAGAUUAGUUGAAUAUGAGCGAUGGAGGCAGGGAGAGUGGAAGGGACAACCAGACCAGCCCGAAGAAGAGUAAGGUAUCCGGCAGUGACGAGUUUGGCCGUGCCAUUGCCAAGGUCGCCGUGACUCAGAUCUGUGAGUCGACCGGGUUCCACAGCUCCCAUCGCUCUGCCCUUGAUGCUCUAGCAGAUGUUGCGAUCCGGUACAUAUGUGAUCUAGGCAAAGCUGCAAACUUUUAUGCUAAUUUGUCCGGGAGGACAUGUAGCAAUGUGUUUGAUGUCAUUCAGGGGCUGGAGGAUCUGGGUUCGUCGCAGGGGUUCUCCAGUGCAUCAGACGUACACAGUUGCCUGGUCAGUUCAGGUAUUGUUCGAGAGAUCAGCCAGUUUGUUAGCACGACAGAGGAGGUCCCAUUUGACCAACCUGUUUCCCGAUUCCCAAUUCCUCGGAUCCCCAAGCGGACACCUAGCUUUGCUCAUAUUGGGGAGGCUCCUGCAGGGAAGCACAUACCUGAUUGGCUGCCGGCAUUCCCUGAUCCACAUACUUAUAUCCACACGCCAGUUUGGAACGAGAGGGCCACAGAUUUCCGUGCAGAUAAAAUUGAACAAACAAGGCGGCGGCAGAAGGCCGAGAAGUCUUUGCUAAGCUUACAGCAGCGGCUUGCUUGCAAUGAUACAGCUGAGUUUUCCCCUGCCACCGACGGUGAUGCUGGGAAGGGGAAGCAGGCUGUUUGUAGUAACCCUUUCCUCACCCCACCUUUGCCAUCUGGGGAGAAGGAAGUGUCACAAAUCAUUAUCCCGAAUGAGGAUGCUAUCGAGAAAUUGUCAGUGCUUGAGACUUUUGCACCUGCCAUUGAGGCAGCAAAAAGUGGGUCUUUUAAUUCCUUGAUUAGCAAGGAAAGGUUUCUUCCUAGUGAAAGGCCCCCGGUGCAUUUUAAGGUUGGAAUUCACAAGAAAUCCUUAGCGAUGCCAUUGUUUGCGAAAGCUCUGAAUGCUAAAACAGAUUCGUGGUUCCUGAGGGAUGAUGGGAAGGAUGACAAGAAGCGGAGAGCAGAGAUGAUACUUAAAGAAGCUAUGGAGAACCCACAGGAACUUGCUCAGUUGUAGAGUUCAUUUUAGAUGGGUUUUGCUGAUGUGGAGUUGUUACCGUUGGCAUGGUGUAUCAAGAUCGAUGGAACUUAUAUCUCAGAUUUCUGAUGGUUUGAUCCAUACGAGAAAUUUGAGUCGAAAUAGCAGAUGGUGUUGGUGGCCGCAAGCGGAACCAAACUGCAACUCACGUGACAGCGGCUCCUAAAGAAAUCUCGUAGCGAGAGCGGGAUUUGAUGGUAGAGUGCAAAGAUUUGAGGAGACAAGUGAAGGAACUGACUGUGCGUCUUAUGCAGUUGAAAAAUCGAGAUGCGAGAUCCAAGGUGGAACCAAAAGACCGUAGAUUUGAGGGAGAAGCUUUAGAUUUUGAGAACCCCUUCCAUAGAGGUACUCUCAUUUGCCAGCAUGAAGAUCGAGGUGAUUCGUUCGAUUGACCAAUCCACUGAUAUGAUACCAUCAAGGUAGAUCUGUCUGAGUAUUCGGAUAGUCUACAAUCGGAAGUGUUUAUCGAUUGGCUGGAUCAGAUUGAGUGCAUCUUCGAGUAUAAGGAGUUGUCUGACAAUAAAAAGGUGUAGUUUAUCAUCCUGAAGUUGGUGGAAAGGGCUUCUGCUUAGUGGCAACAGCUAAAGAAGAUCAAAGAACGCAGAGGCAAGCUAAACAUUCAGCACUGAGAAAAGAUGAAGAAGUGGAAGGAGCAAUUCUUGCCCUUCAACCAUACGCAGUUCUUGUAUCAGCGUCUGCAAAAUCUUCGACAAGAGGAUAGGUCCGUGGACGAAUACACGAAAGAGUUCUACUAACUGGUUAUUAGAAAUGAUCUGACGGAGAGCAAGGAACAUAUGGUUACGAGAUACCUUGGUGGACUAAGGUAGCUGAUAUAAGAUGUCUUGAGGCUCCACUCCUUGUGGAUGGUCAAAGAGGCUUACUCUUAUGCCGUAGUUGCUGAGGAGCAGCAGCGACGAAGAUCUGUGUUUAGGUCUGAUUCUCUCCUAUGGAGCAACCAAGUAUCGAAGGAUCAGAGGGACAUGCAGCGCAACACAAUUUCUACCCCUUUUGUUCAUAUGGCUGUUGAUUCGAAGUCCUCAACUAGCUUCGGGCAUGUACAGAUUGAGUGUAAGAAGUCUGCUGGUCGAUUCAGGAAGCAGUUACUGAUAGAAGGAGAUGAACUAUCUGACGAGGAUCGAGAGCCUACUUAUAAUGAAAGAGGUGAAGAGGAGGAUGAUUCUCAACUGUUCGAAAAUAGAGGAGACGCUCUAGUUGCUUGAAAGAGCAUGCUUGCUCCCAAAAAGGAGAAAGAAGAUUAGAAGUGGACUAAUAUCUUUUAUACCUACUGCACCAUUAAAAAAAGGUCCGCAAAGUCAUCAUCGAUGGAAGUAGCUGUGAGAAUGUUAUCUCUAAGGAGGCUAUCAUUCAGUUGAACCUGACUACUGAAAAGCAUCAUUGAUUUUAUAAGCUAUCAUGGUUCCAGAAAGGAAGCAAGGUGGUUGUCGAUGGUUGCUGUCUUGUUUCAUUUUCUAUCGGACGGAAGUACUUCAAUGAAGUUUGGUGCGACGUCGUUGUCAUGGAUGCUUGUCAUCUGCUUUUGAGGAGGCAUUGGCAGUAGUAUGAUCGCAGCAUCACUUAUGAUGGUUGUCGGAAUACCUACUUAUUUUGGAAGGAUCGUUAGAAGAUUAUUCUGGCACCGAUGAAGCAGGACCUAUUUAAACCAAAGCUAGAGAUCAAAAUCAACCUUUUGAUGAAGCACGCUUACUUGAAGGAAACAAUGAAGACUUCUAACUUGAGGACAAGUUCUUUCCAAUCUGGGGAGGAUGACAUAGAUGCUUUAGUUGGUAAAUAAAUAUCUUGAUUUGAUAGAUCGGGUCCGAAAGAAUAAGAAAUCAGGUUGAUUGCGUCUGACCCUGUUGGUUUUGACUCUGUCGUGCUAAAACGAGCAUAAAUCUCUCAUCUAGAGUUAGAAUCCCGUAUAAGAUCUUAAUUUGGAAAGUUCUUUCUAUACUGUACAUGCUUGACCGUUUUGUUGUCACAGCCCAAUUUUAGGGCCAGAUUCAUUUAUUUGACAGGUCAACUGGAGCCCCGAAGAUCUUGGACGAGUUGGAAGUUUUAAUUUUUUUUAUCUAUUUUGUAUUCGCAAUAAAUCUGGAAUAUUCCAGAUAGCUGAGGCAUCAAGUUAGGGUUUCUCCUGUUAUAAAUAAAGGCCUUUGGCCAACGUUGUAGGCAGUCUAUUUUGAUAUUGAAUUAAAACUCUAGAAGAGAGUUUCUUCUGAUAUUUGCUGUUCUUUUUAUUUCGUGCAUUUUCUUCCUCUAUUUUCAUCAAAUCGUGGCCUUGGCUGCAUCACUUACAUAAGAAUGUAAGUAUUGUGACUUAUAUGUUGAUAAGCUUGCAUGUCUUCCUGCUUCAUGUGUCAAGUGGAUCAGAUGAUACAGAAUGGUACUUGUAAUGUGCUGAGUUGAUGGUGCUGUUGCUGCUGCCUCGGCUGUGUUUAUUUAAGUUUGUUUAGUUUAAUUUCCUAGGGGGCAACAAACCAUGAGAUAGUCACCUUUGGUGGUACCUUUUAUGUUCUGGAAGCCUCUUUCUCAAUGUAGUAUACAUAAAAAUCAUAAAUCUAUAGAACUUAGGGCAACAAAGUGAGUAUAUUUAAUGUCUAAAGUAUACCUUUAUAUGUGACUUUUCUAGUAUUUGGUUCAACCGGUCAGCAGUCAUAUUUGGAAAUGAGAAUGUUGUUCUCAUCUUUUGCAGGUCACAUCUAUCUGAUACAAACAUUGCUCAACUUGUGCAAAACUCAGAUUACAAUUGCAGCUUCUCUUGCAAAGUCAGAUCAAUAGUUAUCUUUCCGUGCUUGCACUUAAGUUAAUGAUAUUAUAAUCCGAUCCUCUGGCUUGAAUGUCUCAGCAGGCAACUUUACCCUUUGGUAAAGACCAUCAUAACACAGCAGCUAUGUGGGGGCUGAUAUUUAUCUUUUCAACUAUGCGAAACAAGUUGAGACAGGGCUUAAUGAUGAAAGAACCCCACCAACUUUACCCAAGAGGAUGCUUCCCUGCAUGACCAUAACCAUACAGCCUCGUCCCAUGUAUUUGUGGUUGGCUUAUGAACUCAUUGCGAUGGUUUAAUAUUAAUCCUUGGCCUUUUCCAUGUGGUUAUGGGACCAGCAUCUGCAGUGUUUGCAGGAAUGUCUUGAGAGUAGCUGUUGGGAGGAUGGUGCCUUCAAGUAGUUCUGUGGUGGAUUGCAGAGAGCUGUUUCUCAUAUUCCAGGAGGCCUGUGGUGGCAGCUGACAGAAACUUGUUUCUAAUGAUGAAGGAUCAUAACCUCAGACAUAAAAUUGCAAGGUCAAAUGAAGGAGCCUGGCACUCCAGCAGGGCAGUAAUUUCUUCAGAUGGCUUAUAAGUCAUAACUAGUCAUUAUGCAUCCAAUGUGUUGAACUGAGCAGCUACAUUUCAAUCGUUCGGCUUAUGGUUUUGGGUUGCAACCUGAUUCAAAUAUUCUUCAAUUAUUGCUUUAUGGACUUGAUUGAUUCAGUGGUGGCUAUGGGGCAUUUUGGAUGGAGUGAGGGGAUUGUACCUAAUGACCUGUUCCAGUGUUCUAAGCUUUUGCCACGAUCUGUUAGCAUAUUAUCUGCAACUUUAUUUAUAGGCGCAUGUACAUCAUAUUGUGAACCUAAAUUACCAGUGCUAAUGAGGAUUAUAAGAUUUCAUUGCAUCCACUUGCUCAUAUCGAAGAUAAUAAUGUUUACUGUUUUGGUUAUAUAAGCGUGAAGAUUGGAAAGAGCCCUGCUGGAUGUGACAGUGGUUUCAACUUUCAUCUCUAUUCCUGGUUGUAUAUCUGCAAUUGGUUGUGUAUGCUCAACUGCAGAUUCCCCCUGCAAUUGUAUGCUAUAUUACGUGUAUGAUCGGUUUAUCGCUGUUGUAAUCUGAGCAUCAGUCCAGCUGUCGGUGCCUUUCUA